GCACCUCCCCUGGCCGGGCGCGGGGAAUCCCCCGCCUCCUCUGCCCCGCACGAAGCCCCCGAAGCGGGGCAGGCCCGCCCGGAUUUGGCGAGGGAAAGUCCCUCGUUCCGGGCAGAAAGCCUCGCCUUCGGUUAGCCAACACCGCAAAUCAGAUAACAAUGCAGAACAAACAGAAUACCACCGCCAAGCGAUUUCCAUGUCAAACAUCGCACCGCUCAGCAGCUCCAUUUGUAAGUGUGAAUUGCGGACUGAGCUUCCUGCAAAGUCCACAGAAAGGUUGGCGCGUACCUCCCCCCCCGCUACUGGGGACCAUCACACCGCAAUUCCGCUGGCGGAGCCUUUUCACCCCUCGCCUCGUCUUCAAAUGGAAAUGAUUCCCAUUGGCCCAAGGUGUCCAUGUAAAUAGGUGUAAAUGAAACCAGAUUAUGCCUUUCUCUCCAGCCCCCUCCUCCCGCCGCCCUCCCCCUCCUCCCAAGGCGAUUGUCAUAUGAUAGCGAAGAAGUGGCACAUUAAUGAAGCGCCUCUACAGGGGUCUUUUCUGCUCAUGUCACCACAUAAAACUAUCAGAUGCUUGGAGGAAGGACAUGGAGGCAACUACUUAGCUCAGCGAGGCUGCAGAGAAGCGGGCGAGCCGCUGCCGCAACCCAGCUGCCGCCAGCGUAAAAGGAGCUGAUUCAGCCCGCGGAGGAGAAGGGAGGGCUACGCAAGAGGAUUCCCCGAAGCGAGCCGGGACUACAGCGGAGCGGAGCGGCCGGGCAGGGGGCGAGAGAGGCGCCGCAGGACCGCGCUGGGGAGCAGCCCCGACUCCCGGCCGCAUCCCGGAUGCGGACUGUCAACUUCCAGCAACUUUAAGAUCUCCGCGGGUCCCCAAACGAAGAUGCCUCGCCCAGGCAGAAACACUUACAGCGAUCAGAAGCCCCCCUACUCCUACAUCUCCCUGACCGCCAUGGCGAUCCAGAGCUCUCCCGAGAAGAUGCUGCCCCUGAGCGAGAUCUACAAGUUCAUCAUGGACCGCUUCCCCUACUACCGGGAGAACACGCAGCGCUGGCAGAACUCUCUGCGGCACAACCUCUCCUUCAACGACUGCUUCAUCAAGAUCCCGCGCCGGCCCGACCAGCCGGGCAAGGGCAGCUUCUGGGCGCUGCAUCCCAGCUGCGGGGACAUGUUCGAGAACGGCAGCUUCCUGCGGCGCCGCAAGCGUUUCAAGGUGCUUAAGUCGGAGCACCUGGCGCCCAGCAAGCCGGCCGACGCGGCGCAGUACCUGCAGCAGCAGGCGAAGCUGCGUCUCAGCGCGCUGGCGGCCACGGGCACGCACCUGCCCCAGAUGUCCACCUAUAACCUCGGUGUGUCGCAGCCGUCCAGCUUCAAGCACCCCUUCGCCAUAGAGAACAUAAUCGCCCGAGAAUACAAGAUGCCCGGCGGGCUCGCCUUCUCCACCAUGCAGCCCGUGCCGGCCGCCUACCCGCUCCCCAACCAGCUCACCACAGUGGGCAGCUCCAUCGGCACGGGCUGGCCCCACGUGUACGGCUCCGGCGUGAUCGACACGGCCACCCCCAUCUCCAUGGCCGGCGGCGAGUACGGCGCCUACGGCGUGCCCAUCAAGCCGCUGUGCCACGGCGGGCAAACUUUGCCGGCCAUCCCCGUGCCCAUCAAGCCAACCCCCGCCGCAGUGCCGGCCCUGCCCGCGCUGCCCGCGCCCAUCCCCACCAUCCUCUCGAACUCGCCGCCCUCCCUCAGUCCCACGUCCUCGCAGACGGCCACCAGCCAGAGCAGCCCGGCCACCCCCAGCGAGACUCUGACGAGCCCGGCGCCCGCGCUGCACUCGGUGGCGGUGCACUGACCCCUCGGUCCCUUCGCUCCGUCCCGCCGCACCCCCGCCCCGCUCUCCGCGGUCGGCCAAGCACAUGGCGUGAGCCGCGCUCGCCGUCGCGCCCUUGCCGUUCGUUAACUUUGUUUACCCGCUCUUCGGAGGUAAAGCGGAGCGGAGCCCCCCGCCCUCCCACCCGCCGGGCGCAUCGCCGCUGUGCCCCGAAGCGCUCCGGGUACCCUCGGCAUGCCGGGCACCGGACGAGCCUCGCCUCUUUCCCUUCCUUUGUCUGGGGAAGGGCAGGGUGUUACCUAGGACCGACCUUUAAAACCAUAAACGGUACGGAACGGCCGCAGCCUCACCGCACGGGAGCAGCGACGUUGCCAGCCUCCAAGCGGCAAACGCUCGGAUUCUGGAAGCCCGGAACGCGCCCGUUCCCUUCGUGCGGUGCGGGUGCGGGUAGGCGGCUCGGGCGGCGGGGUCGGAGCUGCGCCGGGCGGG